AUGACAUUUGGUAUUCAUAACAUCGUUGGAAUUCAUCGUCUUCAUACGGGUCAAAAAAAUUAUUCAACUCCAUUGAUAUUCAGAACGUAUAAACAAUGGUCUUAUUGGGAGCGAAAAGCAUUUGAUUAUCUAAUUUGGUGUCAUUUAGAUCGUGCAGUGGAGUUUAGUGUUGCACUUCUAUGUUGGUUUUGGAUAUUUCCACUAACAUUUUCUGAAGCAAAUGAAUGGCAUUUUCAGUGGGUAUUUCGAGUUUUUCUCUUCAAUAUUGCUUGUGAAUUUACUACUUAUCCAUUUUGGCAUUGGAUGACUCAUGCACGUCGAAGUCCAUAUGCUCAAGGACCAUUACAUGAAAAAAAAUUUAAUCCAGUUAAUCCCUAUGAAGAUAAAGGCCAAGAUCAUUUAGUGCGAGAAAUAACAUUCACCACACUUGGUUGGUUACAAUCAUCCUUCGUUCAAUGCAUUUUUAUGUGGUUAUGGGCUAGUGGUCGAUUACCUUACUAUGGUGAUUUUUGGUCACGACCAUUCUUUUCAAUUUUUAUUCUUUUAAGUGUUACUUAUUGGAGUGCAUUUCAUUUCUAUUGGAGUCAUCGUUUUAUGCAUCCAUGGUGGUCUGUUCGAAAUGGAAUACGAGAAGGUGAUAUUGGUGCAUUUCUUUAUCGUCAUUUUCAUAGUCUUCAUCAUCGAAGCCAUAAUCCUGGUCCAUGGUCUGGACUAUCGAUGCAUCCAGUUGAACAUUUCUUCUAUUAUACACGCGCUUAUUUUCCUCUUCUUUUUUCUUGUCAUCCACUUCAUUUUCUUUUUGCAAAAUUUCAGGCUGAUAUUGGACCAAUCAGUGGACAUGAUGGUCAUGAUAAUCCAGCUGGAGGUGCAGCGUUUCAUUAUUUACAUCAUGCAUUUUUCGAAUGUAAUUAUGGAACACCAUUAAUUGAUUUUGAUCGUCUAUUCGGCACUUAUAAACAAUUUGUCAAAAAACCCAUCAACAAAUGA